AAACCUCUCUCUCUCUCUCCUCUCUCUCUCUCUCUCGCAGGUUAUAAACUGAUAAAAACCAGCACCCAUUUCAAAUGCUUGAAUGAUCUCUUUUUCUUACUCUAAACAGAAACUAUUUACUGUGGUGCAGUCUAGGAAGAAAACCCAAUUCGAAAAAUGUCUUCUUUAGCCACUAGUGCUUACUUUCUUGCUCUAUCGGACCCCAUUUUCUCACUCUCUAGAAGUCUAAAGAGCCCAUCUUUUUAAGCCCCCUUUCGGCUCUUGUACCAUCACUCCAACACAAGACGCCCAUGAAUUAUUAAAGUUUCAUUCUUUUCAAAGAAAUGGCUGACAGUAAGAGCACACCUCCACAGGACACAGAAGACACGAAGACCCAGUUUGAGUUCUUGAAGAAAUUCAAGCGCUUCAACCCUCUUGAGCCUUCUUUAGCCAUUCUUGGCUUCUUCUUGGUCACUCUUCUUUUCAUUAGCUGCUUCUCUUAUUUGGAUUACCAUACAGUUAUUAGCGGGAUUCGUUCUCGUGGGUUUGCCUUGCUGGGAUUGCAUGGCUCAUCAUCUUUACCAUCAACUGGGAAUGUACGGCCGGGAUUUCUUGAUGAAGGCUGUGUUGCGUGUGAUGUGUUUGAUGGGAAUUGGGUUUGGGAUGAGAGCUAUCCGUUGUAUGAGUCACAAAAUUGCUCUUUCAUGGAUGAAGGCUUUAGAUGUUCUGAGAAUGGCAGGCCUGAUUCUAUCUUUACCAAGUGGCGUUGGCAACCCAAAGAUUGCAGCUUGCCCAGAUUUGAUGCAGGGAAGAUGUUGGAAAAGCUUCGGAACCGGCGUCUUGUAUUUGUUGGUGAUUCAAUUGGAAGGAACCAGUGGGAGUCUCUUCUCUGUAUGCUUUCCUCUGCAAUUCCUAACAAGACUUCAAUCUAUGAGGUGAAUGGGAAUCCAAUCACAAAGCACUCGGGGUUCUUGGUGUUCAAGUUUGAGGACUUCAACUGCACAGUGGAAUACUACAGAGCACCAUUUCUAGUCUUUCAGGGCCGUCCUCCAGCUGGUGCUCCAGCAAAAGUGAAGUGCGCUUUAAAAGUGGAUCAACUGGAAGGGACUUACACCAAGUGGAGAGAUGCAGAUGUGUUGAUUUUCAAUGCCGGGCACUGGUGGAGUUAUGAGAAGACCUUAAGAGAGGGUUGCUACUUCCAAGAAGGGGAGGAGGUGAAGAUGAAUAUGACUGUUGAAACUGCAUACCGCAGAUCAAUUGAAACUGUGAUUGACUGGAUUGGUAGUGAAGUGAACAUGAGCAAGACUUAUGUCCUCUUUCGAACUUAUGCUCCUGUGCAUUUCAGUGGCGGUGAUUGGAAUACUGGUGGUGGUUGUCACUUGGAGACUCUACCUGGAUUAACUUCAUUGCCAGAUUCAUGCAUAAGUGUUUAUAAGACUAUCUUUGAUAUAGUAUCGGAGCGAUCAAAUGAGUCACAUGUUAGGAAAUUGGACUUGCUGAAUGUGACAAACAUGUCUCUAUGGAGAAAAGAUGGCCAUGCGUCUAUAUACUAUCUAGGGCCUGAGGCUGGACCAGCCUCCGUCAAUCAUCAAGACUGCAGCCACUGGUGCCUACCGGGUGUCCCUGAUGCAUGGAAUGAGCUUCUUUAUGCACUCUUCCUUAAACGGGAAUCCAUUCUCACAGGAAAUUCAACCAAAUCUUCGUAGAUUACAUUGUAUAUGGCAUUACAAGCUUCCUGAGUACACCAGCAUGAUCAUCAUAAGAGGACAUUUUGUUCAACACUCCUGCUAAAGCUGAGAGUUGGCCAGCAUGGUUAGUAUCUUCAGUUUGCUCGACCAUUCUUUGCUCGAGCACUAGAGGGAUUUUGCUUAGCGAGGGAAAAUUAGAACGAGAGAUUACCUCCAGAGGGAAAACUUUUUGCUAGGGGUUAACAGGUAAAGCUGGGGUGCAUUGACCUGUGAGAAUUCAAGUGAUCGGGGAGGCUUUAUGGUUAUCUCUUUGCAGCAAAUUUGUCAUCACCAGACCUGGAGGGUCGAAGUUGAUAGAACUUAUACACAGAUUGUUUUGGUUAUUUGACAGGAUGUAAUUAUACAGAAAAAAGCUUUUAUCUUUUUUGAAAUUACAGAAUGUAUAUCAGAGUUUACUGGAAAAUUUUGAGAUUCACAACUCUGGGUUUCGUUCUUGGACAGAAUUUACCAAUUGUAAGAUGAA